GCGUAAGUGGUAGAAGGUCCACUGAGGCGCCGGGCAUGUUCAAACAUAUCCAGGCGGACCAGUUUACCAAUCUCCACGGCAUGUUGUCAUUACGCACGGAUUAGGAUUUAUAUGCAGCCUGAAUGAGCCCUUGAAUCGGAUAUUAUUUGUUGUAACGAUGUUUUUUUUUCCUAAGGCACCUUACGCCUUCACAGUAACAAGGAGUAUGUGCUGAAUGGGUUAAUCAUUUCUCAAGAUUUAGAUUAUAUUCUGUCAGUCUCCGGCUCUGCGUGGCCAUGUCUCUCCCGACCAAAGUGAUGAGAGACGGGCUGCUGGAGAAGCGCAGCAGCGGGCUCCUCCAGCUGUGGAAGAAGAAGCGCUGCGUGCUCACAGAGGAAGGACUGCGUCUGCACAACUGCAAGGGCUCCAGCGGAGGGGCUGAUGUUCCGAGCUCAGCGUGGGGCUCCAAAGCCAAGGAGCUCCGCUUUGAGCGCAUGGCCACGGUCGACUGCGUGGAGUACAAGCGAGGGCUGGUGUACUUCACCGUGGUCAUGGUAACAGGGAAGGAGGUUGACUUUCGGUGCCCGCAAGAAGGGACGGCGUGGAACGCGGAGAUUGCUCUGGCACUGGUGCGCUACAAGAACCUGCAGGCCGUGCAGACAGGGAGAAACAGGCACCUGUACUCAGCACACCUGGGGAGCACUGGGGAGGACGAGGAACUGUGACCUGCUUUCAUUCUUCCUGGAAAUGGACCAAUCGGAGCAGAGAAGAAGGGGAGAGAGAGGACAGCACAUCUAUUUGCAAGGCCUGGUGGGACGACCUCACAGCUAUCACAGAAUAUGGAUUUAUGGAAGGAGAACAUGAGUUAAAGACACGCUCAUCUACUCACAGUGUCAAACAAAGCAUACGGAUGUGAUAAACUGUCAACAUGGAUGGCAUGUUUUUUUCUGAUCUCUGGAGGUCAAUGUUGAGGCUGCCCCAUAAGGAAAAGAUGGCAUCAUUGGGACAGAAACUGUGGACACAUGUUUACCCCUUUGUGCCUUGAUAUUUGGAAAGUCGUUAUUUUGGCCAUUAUUUGUAGACAUUUUCUAGCAGUGGUGAAACUGGAGUCACUUUUGUUUUAUUAGCCUUGCUUUUUAUGACAACACAUCGUGUUAAAAUCGCUUUGAGAACCUUUGUUCUAGACUUAACAGAUCUGCAUGUUUUCCAAAGCUUAACAUGAAGUUUUUUGCUCAUAUCCAUUGCACAUUGUACAAAUAUAUUUGCUGAAACCAUGUACAGUAUUACAACCUUAAAAUAUUAAAUACUUUUUAAGCAGUA